AUGGCAGACAUCUACCGGUCGGAGCGCCUCGCCUACAUCCCAAUAGAGCAAAACAAGGAAUGCGAUGACUUCCUAUACCAGCUACUGAAAGAACCAGCGGCAGUCAACUUCGACCCCGCGCUGCCGGUCGGCACGAUGCGCUCAAGCAUCGAAGCCGUCACGGGGUCAAUAAGCUCAGCCACAUUGAUAACCAUGUACAUCUGCCUGCCGGGCCCAGAUCCCGAACCGGUACCGGUCGGCAUUAUCGCCCUGAACAGGUCGGCGCCGAACAAGGCGCAGCACGGCAACACGUACAUGAGUCUCAUGGUCGCGCAGGCGCAAUAG